GUAAACAAACAUGUCUUCCAUAGCAGUUGUUGGUGCGGGAGUUAUUGGUCUUUCUUCAGCUGUUUCUAUCCUAGAGAAAGAUCCCACUGUCAAAGUUACGCUCAUAGCAGAUAAAUUCUCCCCCUAUACGACCAGUGAUGGCGCAGCUGGGCUUAUCAUGCCCUUUGUGAUGGGCAGUACACCCGUACAAUUGCAAAGAAAGUGGUUUGAUGAAACUAUGAAAGGGUUAGAAGAGCUAAUGAAGAGGAAGGAUGCAGGCCAAAGUUUGGGACUUUAUAAAUUGACCCUUGUUUCCCUUUCUGAUGAUGAAAAUGCAGAGGAACCCCACUGGAAAGAUCUUGUUGAUGGUUAUCAUGUUCUCACUCAGAAAGAACUUCAGAAGUUUCCUCAGUCAUCCAAAUUUGGUUUCUCCUGUAGAGUCAUGUUCCUGAAUGGAAAGUAUUAUAAUCCAUGGCUUCUAGAAAGGUUCAAGCAUCUGGGUGGUGACAUUAUCAAGAAAACGCUAGAUUCACUGAAAGAGCUUGCAGGUGUCUAUGAUGUUGUUGUGAAUUGCUCUGGGAUGAGAGCAAAAGAAUUGGUGAAUGACUUUUCCAUGGAUCCUGUGAGAGGUCAAGUAUUGAGAGUGUAUGCACCAUGGAUAAAAGAGGCUUAUGCACAGGAUACCAAGCACCUUCAUAAACAGGAGAGAUACUGUUAUAUUCUUCCACAAGCAAAUGGUGAAGUUGUUCUUGGAGGGACUGGGUAUCAUCAUAACUCAGACACAAGAAUAAGUGCCGAUGAUACGCGACACAUUCUGGAAGUGACAAGAGAACUAGUACCUAGUCUCGCUCGAGCUCCAGUGUUGGAGGCGUGGGUUGGACUACGACCUGGUCGACCCACUGUCAGGCUUGAAAAGGAAGUUAUGAAAUUUAACAGCAAUCUUGGAAAUAAAAAAACCCUGAAAGUUGUCCAUAAUUAUGGUCACGGUGGUGGAGGACUCACAGUACACUGGGGUUGUGCCAAAGACUGUACUGACUUAGUGCUUCAAUUUCUCGCAGAGGGGCACAAAGCAAAACUUUGAAAGUCAAAGAUUUUGAAGUUAAAGUGCCUUCGUCUACAUCUCAUCGAUAAUCAUCAUAUUACAAACAUUCAGAAUAAAAAGCUCCCUCCACAAGUGAAAACUAUGCGACACUCAAAAAUUGAUUUAUUUUGACAGCUGACUGAAAGAUUAAUUUGGGUACUGAAUGAUGUUCAAAAUGAUGUAUCAGGCUUAUAGGUUACAGAUUAGGAGUCUAGUCAUCUCAAACCGCUCGGACACCAUCAACUAAUAGUUCAGGAUGGAGACAUUGAAACGAGUUUCGGAAGUAGUACGUGUUUGCAUUUGUUUACCUCAUGUCACUGUCAGUCCCUCUAACAAAAUAAAUGCAACAUUUAAACCUA